UAACCGUGCGGCGGCAGGAAGAUGCGCACACAGCAGACAGCGGAGCGGCGCAAUGAGCACGGUCCAGGGCCAGGGACGGCGUCGCGUCCACCUCGGCGACUGUAGUCGGUCCUUGUGCGAAAUGGGUUAGGUGGAGCACGGCUAGCGAUGCACAAACUUUGGGACACUUGGCUUGUCAUGGGGAUGAGCGCUGCGCUGCGGAACGGCCGAUCCGAGAGACACAGAACUUGAUCCGUCAAUCUGGUGUCAAUAUUUUUGCCCUUUUUUUCCUCCUUCUUCGCAGUUGUUUUUACCUUACCCCCAACCCCCCUUGUCCUCGUCUUGAGAAAUGAUUACGGAGCUGGUGUGCACCGCCGUGGCUGUGGUUCUCUAUCUAAACACCCUGGACGCGGAUUUCUGCUACGAUGACAGCCGAGCCAUCAAGACCAACCAGGACCUUCUUCCAGAGACCCCCUGGGCCAACAUCUUGUACGACGACUUCUGGGGCACCCUGCUCACCCACAGCGGUAGCCACAAGUCUUUCCGCCCACUCUGCACCCUCUCCUUCCGCCUCAACUACGCCCUGCAUGGCCUGCACCCUUGGGGAUUCCACCUUGUCAACAUGGUGCUCCAUGGGGCGGUCACAGCCCUCUUCACCAGCCUCUGUUGCCCUCUGCUCGGUGGGGGACUGUGGAGCUUAUUGGCUGGACUUCUUUUCGCCUCACACCCGGUGCACACUGAAGCCGUCGCUGGGGUAGUUGGGAGGGCGGACGUUGGGGCUGGGUUGUUUUAUUUGCUGUCCCUUUUUUGCUACGCAAGACACUGCGGACUUCGUAAGGACCCCCGGAGAAACUUCCAGGCCGACCAGACCAUGCAGGAGAUCGGUGGCAGGGGAUUGGCGGCCCGGUGUUGGGUUUGGAUGCUGGCGAGCCUGUGGUGUGCUGCAGCCAGUAUGCUGUGGAAGGAGCAGGGGGUGAUGGUGCUGGCCGUGUCGGCCGUGUACGACCUCUUCGUGUUCCACAGGCUCCGACUUCGCCAGGCACUUCCCCUCCUACUGGGAAAGAAGCGGAACGUCAGUGUUUUGCUGAGUCUCAGUGUUCUGGCGUCCUGGGGAGUGAUUCUACUGUCAGCUCGCUUCUACUGGAUGGGCAACAAACCCCCCAACUUCUCCAACUCGGAUAAUCCUGCCGCCGACUCCCCCCGUUUUCUUACUCGAACGCUUACCUUCCUUCACCUGCCUGCUGCCAAUGCCUGGCUUCUUCUCUGUCCCAACAACCUAAGCUUUGAUUGGUCCAUGGAUGCCCUUCCCUUGAUCAGGACCUUGGCUGAUUGGAGGAAUCUUCACACCGUUGCCUUUUAUGGUGGAUUUAUCCUCCUGGCUUUGUUUGGCCUUUGUGACACUUCCUCCAAGUCAAAGGAGACCAACGGGAAAGCCCAAGUUGCAAACGGGAAGUCAAUCGCCAACGGGAAUGGCUACCAUGCCCUCGACUCAAACCACAACACAAACUCAGAGCAAGGGUCACCAAAGACCGCCCUGAACGGGUCAACUAAACUUCCCUACUGCCCUCCGCAGACGUCCCUGCCCCCUGCCGAAAAUGUAGUGCUAUUUUCCCUGGGGCUUUUAUCAUUGCCUUUCAUCCCAGCCACCAACCUGUUCUUUUAUGUGGGGUUUGUGAUAGCAGAGAGGGUGCUAUACAUCCCCAGUAUGGGUUUCUGUUUACUGGUUACCAUUGGCGUGAGGACUGUGUACAUCAAACUGAGGACUAGAGGCUGCAGGGCUUUGCUGUUAAGUCUCUGUGCAGGUCUGAUACUGCUGAACGGGAUUAGAACUGUUCUGAGGAACAGGGAUUGGAGCAAUGAGGAGAAUCUCUACAAGUCUGGGAUUAGCGUGAACCCCGCUAAAGCUUGGGGAAACUUGGGGAACGUACUUAAGAGCCAAGGCAAGAUGGCGGAGGCGGAGACAGCGUACAGAAAUGCUCUGUACUACCGAGGGAACAUGGCUGACAUGCUUUAUAACCUGGGUUUGCUGCUGCAGGAGAACGAGCGAUUUUCCGAGGCACUGCAUUAUUAUAAACUGGCCAUUGGGAGUCGGCCAACUCUAGCGUCGGCGUAUUUGAACACAGGCAUCAUCCUGAUGAACCAGGGCAGCCUUGCAGAGGCCAAACACACCUUCCUGACCUGUGCCGACAUCCCUGAUGAGAACCUGAAAGACCCCCACGCCCAUAAGAGCUCCGUGACCAGCUGCCUGUACAACCUGGGCAAGCUGCUGCAUGAGCAGGGCCAGCAGGAGGAAGCCCUUUCUGUCUAUAAGGAAGCUGUCCAGAAGAUGCCCAAACAAUUUGCUCCACAGAGUCUUUUCAACAUGAUGGGAGAGGCCUACAUGAGGCUGAACAAGCUGGAGGAAGCAGCCCACUGGUACAGGGAGUCCCUCAGGGCCAAGCCAGAUCACAUCCCCGCCCACCUCACCUACGCCAAGCUCCUGUCCAUCAUCGGGCAGAAGACUGAGGCAGAGAAGUACUAUUUGAGAGCCAUUCAGCUCGACCCAGCAAAAGGAAACUGCUACAUGCAUUAUGGUCAGUUUCUUCUGGAGCAGUCGCGUCUCGAGGAGGCGGCGGAGAUGGCCGAGAGAGCGGCGGAGCUGGACGGCUCAGAAUUCGACGUGGUUUUCAGUGCCGCCCACAUGCUCAGACAGGCCAGUCUAAAUGAGGCCGCAGAGAAGCAGUAUGAACGUGCGGCCAGCUUAAGACCAGAUUAUCCAGCUGCUCUCAUGAACCUCGGUGCCAUCCUUCACCUGAACGGGAAACUUCCAGAAGCAGAGGCCAACUACCUGAGAGCACUCCAGCUCAAACCCGACGACGUCAUCACCCAGUCCAACCUCCGCAAGCUAUGGAACAUCAUGGAGAGACAAGGACUCAGGACUAAGCAGGGGCUGGGGACCCAGAUGGCAGACCUUUGACCUGGAAGAGGCCCUAGCGGUAUGGCCAGCGUAAAGAUGGAGUUUCUUCCAGAGAGUGGGACAAAAGGAGAACGUUUGGCCCGGUUUAAACAUAUGAAUGAGCUAAAGACUGAAAAGUAGCAUGGGUCAUGGCAGAAAAGACUUAAGCCGCUAUGAGUGAUGCACCGAAAUGAAAAUUGUUGGCUGGGGCCGAGGCCGAAUUUCAGGAAACACUGGGCUGAACACUGAAUGCCGAAUACGUAGGCGACUUGAAAUAGAAUUUGAUUGGCUGUUGUUGCCCCUCUAGAUAAUUCAGCUCAAUGGUAUUUUGAAAUGGCUAAUCUGACGAUGUCUUCAUCCAGAAACCUUGAGAUGGUUCCAUACUGCCGACGUGUUGACUGUUGGAAAUAGGAGUCAUUCACUUUCACAGAACAGGAGUAGGUUAUGAACUGCAUGGGUUGCUGGCGCUGUUUAAACAUGGUAUAGAUACACAAGAGCAACGAAACAGCGUCACAUGUUCAGUCAAACUAUUUGACAUUUUUACUCAAUCUGCCGCAUUUCAAAUGUGCCAUUUUGGGAUAUUUUCAGCCAAAUAUUUUCAGCGGACAAACAGUCGGUGCAGCCACUAUGAAAUGGGUAAUCGUGUACCAGUGAGAGAAGGUUUGAGGAUGGCAGGUUUGGGGUUCACUUGUCAAAAAUGCAGAUUCGACCCUGUGGUGCCACCAGUGCAAUUUGGGGGGGUCUGAUGUCGCCUUCAUAUUAUGCCGAUCUGACGCUUAGUUGUUUGAUUAAACACCAAGGUCAUAGGCAAAUAACUGGGAGGUGUACAUUAAGAAGAGUCCGUGUGGUCGGGCUUGUGACGGUUGAUGUCCCUGGGUCCAUUUUAAUUCAAUUGAUGUUAAAAACUCAAAUACCAAUUUUUGGUAUGUUAGAGCACCUAAUUUGAAAGGAGAUAUCGCAGUGGUAAAAGUCCCACAGUAAAAUGUUCACUUCUGCUUGGCGACAAGUAUUUGUCAGAGCGUCGGCUGCUUGCUUUCAAACAAGUUAGAUGUAGACCAGCGGUCGUCGGCUGUUCCCAGACUGAUCGUCCUUUGAAUCUUCCCUGUUUGUGCUCGUGCUUUAAAGAUGACAUGAAACAGGUAAACAAGCAACUUGAAAGCGUGCGAGUGUGCCAGCACAUCUUCAGGUACCGCGGCCCGGUGAUGCGUAUAAAUACAUCACAUGUACAUAUCGUGACAACCAGUAACACAGAGCACAGGCUGACGGGAGGCGAGUUGAGGCGAAGUUGAAUAAUCGGAAAAAAGAAAUCAGGGGCGUCCAGGUAGCGUUGCGGUCUAUUCCGUUGCCUACCAACACCCGGAUCGCCGGUUUGAAUCCAUGUUUUACCUCCGGCUUGGUCAGGCGUCCCUACAGACGCAAUUGGCUGUGUCUGCGGGUGGGAGGCCGGAUGUGGGUAUGUGUCCUGGUUGCUGCACUAGCGCCUCCUUUGCCAGUCAGGGCACUUGGUCGGGGGAACUGGGGGGAACUGGGGGCAAUAGCGUGCUCCUCCCACGCGCUACGUCCCCCCGGUGAAACUCCUCACUGUCAGGUGAAAAGAAGUGGCCGGCGACUCCACAUGUAUCGGAGGAGGCAUGUGGUAGUCUGCAGGCCUCCCUGGAUCGGCAGAGGGGGUGGAGCAGCAACCGGGAUGGCUCAGAGAGCGGGGUGAUUGGCCGGAUGCAAUUGGGAAGAGAAA